AGUCACAAAGAAAACUUCGUAGAAGUCACAUAGCUAAGAAAACCUUCUCUAUUUUUAUUUUUCAAACUAAAGGAAAAAAUCGUUAAAAUGGGUUUCUUGGGCGGAAAAUCGUAUAAAUCCAAAUGCUGUGAGGGUGGAUUCGAACUUCAGAAUCAUCUAAUGCUCUAUUCUUGUGCAAAACUUAGAAAAAUGGGGUGCCAGUCAUUUUCUGUUGGAUAUGAAGUUGAAGAGUUCACGAAAUUCGACGACGUUGUCUGUGGCUUCGAAUUGAACGAAAGUAAAUAUCUGUUCCCAAUCCAGGCGAAAUUCGUUCAAAGAAACGAGAAAAAAAUUAGUCAAUCAGAUUUCAUCACUAACAAAGGAAAAAUUAACUUGAAGAAGCACAUAGAAGGCAUCAUGGACUUUCAACGGCACACACAAGGUAGACAGGUACGAUAUAUUAUUGCAACAACUGCCCCAAUGAAUAUGUACAUGAAAAAUAUUAGAUUUAAGUCACUUAAAAUGAAAGAAAAUCAACUGAUUGUGAAUAUUGCAGACCUUUUGAUAGAUUCAGGGGCAAAAGUGUUGCAAAUUGAUUCUCAAUUUGAAAAAUUUGAAGAAAUUCUGCAAAAACUUGAAGUUGAUUUAAAUAUCACAAGAAUUGCCCUUGAUGGUAUACUUAAUCGUUUAAUAUUUCUAACAGAAGUGCCAAAGAAAGAUAAUUUUUUGGAAAUCAUUAAAAACCUUCUAAUCGACGUGAACGUUGUGAAUAGAGAAUCAUUUUUCCAAGUAAUCCAAAAUCGAACAACAAACUACGUUGAAUAUGAUAAGGCGACACAUGAACGAAGAGUUAUCAGUAAACAUACAUUCGAUAUACUUUUAAGAGGUUCUGUGCUCGAGGUGGAUUUAAAAAGAAUUUCCGAAUCAUUUCUCUCUGAGAUAGCGUUAUCAAUUGAAUUCGAAAGGCAUUUCUUAGAGGAAAUAUGGAAAAGUUUGCAAAAUUCUUCCAAAUUCGUAAAUUGUGAGGAAAAUGUGAAUUUGACUGCACUGAAAGUUUGGCAUUCAGUCAAAAUGGCGAACGGAGACGCCAUUUUGGUUCCCAUAUCCAAACUAAAUGACUUCCAUAUUGAAUCUUUGAGUUUUUAUGAGGAAAAAGAAAGAAAUAUCGUAAUUUUAGUUGACAAUGAAAUGAAUUAUGAAGAUUUAGUGAAAAAGCCAAACAUUUAUUUCGUUGGGAAGAUCCAAAAGCUUUCUUUUGUUGCUAAAUUACCGUCAUUUUCCUACGAUGAGCUCACAGUAAAUGCAAAACAAGAAUUUGAAGAGAAAAUUAUAAAAAUUCAAAAUUUUCCAUUACAGUUGAAACAUAUUCCAAAAAAUGGAUCCAAAGAUUACAAAGAAUUAUUUGAAAAAUUCUUUGUUCAUUUCUGUGAUGGGAAAUUGAUGGAAAUAGGUGGAAAAAUUCCAGAAAACCCUCAUCCACACAUUGAGAGACGUUUUAAAGAUGAAAUAUAUGAAGUGAGUGAAAAUAAAGUUUUCGCUAAAUAUUCCAAAUGCAUCAUUAUGGGUCUUCCGGGAAUGGGGAAAUCGUUCACUUUGAAGAACAUGACGAAGAAAUUUAAACAAAAACAGCCUAACUUUUGGAUUGAAUUUAUUCAACUAAAUUUACUUGGAAGCAUUUUUGAAAAACUAACAAAAAAUAAAAACAAUCUUACGGAAGGUGAUGCAAAAGAAAUUUUUUUUGAUGAAAUUUUAUCUUGCAAAGAAAAAUCUUUGCUACUGGAACGGGAACUUAUUGAAUAUUACUUGACCCUCGAAUUUCCUCCUAUAAUUCUCAUUUUUGAUGGUUUCGAUGAGAUUAUGCCAACGUAUGAGAAAGUUGUUUUCAAUUUCAUUCAAAAACUCAUUGGAUUGAAAGUUCAAAUUGUUAUUUCUGGUCGCCCGCAUUGUGAAACAAUUUUAAAAGACCUCAAAGAAUUUAGAAAAUUCGAAAUUUGUUCGUACUCUAAACGUCAGCUUGAAAGUUUUAUUCAAAAAUAUUAUGAGUACAAAAAGGAAUCAUGCAAAUCUUCCGAAGAAUUACAUGAAUCAUUUGAUUCCUUUAAUGAAACCUUGAAGCACAUGAUUGAAAAGUCAAAAGUACUCGAACAAUUUCCACUUUAUCUGACUUUACUCUCCGACAUUGCUUUCCACAUGCAGGAAAAUCCUGAAAAAGUAUUUGAUAAAAGCAACCAAAUUGAUAUUUCGUGGAUUUACAACGAAAUAUUUGAAUUGUCUUUUGUGAAUUAUUUGAGAGAAAAAGAAGGAAAUGAUCCAUUGAAAAAUUCAACCAAGCUGAAAAAUGAUAGAAUGAAGAAGAAUCUUAUAUCGCACUAUUUCUGCAUAGCUUGUAUGGAAAUGUCUAUAGAUAUGAAUCUACCACAACUUCCAGAUUUAUCUGAGGAAGAAAUUCUUGCACCAGGUUUUCUUAAAAAAGUUUCAGUUAAUAAGUUUGUAUUUAUUCAUCGUACAUUUGCAGAAUAUUUUCUUGGUCUAUGGUUAAUAGAAUGUUUAGAGAGUAAUGUUGAUGAAUUUUUAAAUUCAGUGAAGGAAUAUUACAAAUUCUUCCCAGUAAUGAGGUUCCUAUGUUUACUGCUGGCAAAUAAAAUUAAGAAAAAUGAAAUAAUUCUUAAUAUUCCAGAGAAAAACUGCAAGAGAAGAAAACUGUUUGUAAAAUUUUUCAAUCAAGUUGCUGAAUUUUGCUGGGAUUAUGAAUUAACAGAACAUUUCGACGUAAUAAUUAUAUACACGGUGAAUGAAUUUUCACAAGAUGGAUUAAAGUUCUUAGAUAAAAAAAAUAAGUUCCGCUUAUGGUCACUUCAUGACACAAGUCUCACUACUAUGAAGAUAGAAUGGAUUUAUAAAUUGAGAAAUAAAGACUUUUCUUAUUUCAAAUUAUUUGAGGAAUUUUCACGAAAUUUAGAAAAAAAUUUAAUAAAACAGUUAGUGUUUAAAGACUUUGAAAGUUUCAGAAAGACAAAUGCAAUUGUUGAAAAAUAUUCCGAUUCAUUCAAAGAAUUUCUACAAAAGCUCACCGAAGAAAUUAUUGAACAGUUGCGUAGUUCAUGGUUAUAUAAAUGUGACAAUUUUUUUUGGUGUAUUUGGAAGAUCUUUAUUAACUCUGAGGACUCCAAGUACUUUCUAAAGGAAACUCUUGAAUUACUAAAUAAGUUGAAGUUGAAUCAAGAUUUAAAAGAAAAAUGCGAUUUUCUUGUUACUAUAAUAAGUAAAAGUGAAACAGAUAAAUCUUCAACAUUUAAAGAAUUUAUAAAAGAUAUUUUUGACAUUUUAAGUAGUGAUGAAAUUUUCAAAUUCUUCAAAGUGUUCAACAGAAAUUCAUUUGUAUACAAUGAAGGGUUUUAUAAUUUCAAUGAAAUAUGUAAAAACUAUGCACAGAAAUUAAUUUUAACCGAUAACAAUUCAAUUAUUUUUCAUUUUUACAUUGAAAAAGAUAAAGAUAAAAUGUUAGACUUCGUUAGAAAUUUUUCCGAUGAACUUUUCACAAAUUUAACUGAAAGCCCCCACUUUGGUGGAAAAUCUCUUGAAGAAUAUUACAAAGAAUCGGAAGAAAAAGAAGAUGUUUGCUUGGAUAUAUUGUUCUUCUGGUACAUUCGCUUAAAUAAAAUCACCGAUUUUUUUUGGAAAUACCAGAAUGGUACAAAUAUCUCCAGAGCACUUGAAAAGAAUUUAAGACUUUGCAUAUCGUUGGAUUUAAAUAUGAAAAACGAAUUUACUGAAGAAAAUGUGACGAAUGUUAUUGAUACUUUUUGUCAAAAUAUUCUCAAUUGGGAAAAAGAGAGUGGUACAAAAGUUAAUUUUCUACAUUGUCUCGCAAAAGCAAACAAAGCUUUUAUAUGUACUAAAGCGUAUUUUUAUUUUUUCGAGGAAGAAUUUGAGGCACAUCGUUGUAUGUUACGUCAUAUUUUUCGAUAUUUAAAAGAAAUAAAAAGCCGUGAAGAGAACGAAGAUAAUCUUCUUGUUGAGAAGAUUUAUGAACGUGAUAAUGAUGGUAAUAUUCCUAUUCAGAUUUGUGUAUUGGAAAAUAAUUUACCAUUCAUUGAUGUGAUAUUAACAUUCGUAGAUAAAAAAAUGUGGUAUGACUUAUUCAGUAGAAAGAACAACAAAAACCAAAAUUUCUUUCAUUGUUUUAAUACUAAAACUUUCACAUGGUCCACUUUCAUAUGGUCCACUUUCACACUCAAUGAUAUUCCUAUAAUCUCUUACAACUCUUUUUAUGAAAAAUUAUUUUUAGAAAGAGAUAUUGAUGGGAAGACACCAUUUCAUUCUAUUAAGUUUUUCGGAUCUCCUUUUGAGGGAUGGCUAAGUAAUUUAUCAAAUGAAACUUUUACAAGUUUACUGCAAAUUAAGGAUAAUGGUGGCAAUAAUAUUUUACAUUACAUGGCAAAACACAAUCAAGAUUAUUCAAUUCAAAUACAAACAUUGAAAACUCACAUUGAAAUAAAUUCUGUAACACAUACCCCAAUAAAAAAUGCUCUAAAAUGCAAAAAUAACUCUAAUAAAACUCCAUUGGAUGUUUGCAAAAAUUGUACUUAUUGCACUCCAAAAAUUUAUCCAAUUACUGUCUGUUGUUGCGUAUUUGAGACAACUUAUUGUGACAUGGAAAAAGAAUUUCAAAAGAUAUUGAAAGAAAUUUAAAUUAAUUUAAUAAUGAAAAAGUAAGUAUAUACCAAAUAAACAUAAUAUAACAUAUAAUUGAUGUAAUAAAUAAAUAAUUUAUUAAUUAACAUAUGUACAUAAAUACCUAACAAGAUCAAUUUGACAAAAAAUAAAAUAUUCUAAUGUUUAGUUUUUUUUUCAUAAUGUUAUGUGUACCUACCUAAUAAAUUUUCGUAUUUCAUAGGUAAUACAGAGAAUAUUUCUUAAAUACCUAUGUAUGUAUUAAGAAAAAAAAUAUACAUAAUAUUUAUGUAAAUUAUUGUACUUUUUUAACAAAAAAAAAACUACAAAUAAGAAAUAUUAAAAAUUAUAAAAUAAAAAUCAUUAUGUAUUGGAA